AUGGCUGAUGAGAAGAUGGAGAUGGGUGAAGUCGGGGCGCCUCUCAUGUCUUCAGAGUCUAAGCCGCCUCCAGUCAGACCUCCUAACAAAUUUGAGAGGCUAUUUCAGCCCUGUCUGGGCGAGCUGGUGGGAACUACUUUCUUCGUGUUUAUCGGGUGUGUGUCGGUCAUAGAGAAUGUGGAGUCUACAGGGAGGCUUCAGCCAGCUCUGGUGCACGGUCUGGCUGUAGCCGUUAUGGUGGCUUGCAUGGCUGAGAUCAGUGGAGCCCAUUUCAACCCCCCAUUCACCCUAGCCAUCUAUCUAUGUGGGGGGAUGGAGAUGAAUAUGGUGGCCCCGUAUCUUGCAAGCCAGUUGGUGGGAGGGGUGCUUGGCGCUGCUAUGGCGAAGGCAAUGACCUCAAGAGACAACUUCGCCAAAGCCCACGGGGCUGCGUUUGCUCUGCUGCAGCCAGACAGUGAAAUAGGGGGAGCUGUGUUUGGAGAGGUCGCCAUGACUUGCCUGGUCACCAUGGUGGUGCUGCUGGGGGCUGUCAACGCCAAGACCAGAAGCCCCAUGGUGCCAUUUAUGGUGGGAUGCACUGUUAUCGUCACCAUCUUGGCUGGUGGAGAUGUAUCUGGCACCUGCCUGAACCCAGCCAGAGCCUUCGGUCCAGCCAUAGUGAGCAACUACUGGGAUUAUCACUGGGUCUACUGGGUGGGGCCCAUCACAGGAGGCCUAAUAGCUGCUGCACUGGUUCGACUCCUCCUUGGAGACAGGAAGAUUCGACUCAUUCUGAAAUAA